UCCUUAUAAGCCCCCGUCGCCUUGCGUCCUUUCUCAGAUACCCGUCCGUUCAGUUGCGUCCUCGUGCUAACAAUCGCACAAAACCCCCUCAACAACAUGGAAGACAGCAUGGAUAUGGACAAUAUGACUCCCCUGCGGCCACAGAACUUCUUAUUCGGCUGUGAACUUAAAGCAGAUAAGAAAGAAUAUUCAUUUAAAGUUGAAGACGAUGAUAAUGAGCACCAGUUAUCCCUAAGAACGGUUAGUUUAGGUGCGGCAGCUAAAGACGAAUUGCAUGUUGUUGAGGCAGAGGGGAUGAACUAUGAAGGAAAAAUUAUCAAAAUCACACUUGCAUCGUUAAAACCAUCUGUUCAACCAACGGUAUCACUUGGUGGCUUUGAAAUUACCCCACCUGUAGUUCUGCGGUUAAAAUCUGGGUCUGGGCCUGUAUAUGUCAGUGGACAACAUCUUGUGGCUUUAGAAGAUGAUCUUGAGUCCUCCGAUGAAGAGGAAGAUGAAGCUACUCCAAGUCCAAAGAAAAGAAGUGCUGCUAAUUUGGCAUCAAAGGUCCCCCAGAAAAAAGUGAAGCUAGACAAAGAUGACGAGGAUGAUGAGGAUGACGAGGAUGAUGAUGCUUUUGAUGAUGAAGAUGACAGUGAAGAUGACGACGAUGAUGAAGAGGAAGAAACACCAGUGAAAAAGCCAGUCCAAGUUGUGAAACCCAAAAGUGCACAAAAGGCAAACCAUAAUGGCAAGGCAUCUGAAUCAACCACGCCAGCUAAAACUCCAAAAACACCAGAGCAGAAGGCAAAGCAAGAAGGCAAAUCCCAGACUCCCAAGACUCCAAAAACCCCUUUAACUGCUGAUGAGAUCAAAGCAAAAAUACAGGCAACAUUAGAUAAGGGUGCUGGUGUUCCAAAACUGGAGCCUAAAUUUGCAAACUACAUAAAGAAUUGUUUCAGGGUGGAAAACCCAAAGGUAAUACAGGACCUCUGGAAGUGGAGACAGUCUAAAGAUGGAAAAUAAUGUUUUGUUGCCAGCCUGUGGCAGUCCUUUUUUCUUUUUUUCUUUUUUAUGUAUAAAUGCAGGGGAAGAAUUUGCCUGUUGUCUGAUACGUUUUUGUCCAGGAUACUGUGCCAAGAAUGUGUUCAAAUGCCUGUUUAGCUUUUCCACCCAUUUUGCACAUUGGAGUAUGUUUGGAAUGUUAUGUUAAGGCAUAGUAAUAGUGGUGGUCAGACAAAUGGGAAGGGGGGGUGAAGUCAGUGUACAUGUUUAAAAUUAAACUCCGUAUUUUACUUAA